CAGUGAACAGUCCGUCAGAGGAGAGCAGCAGAGCCAUCAUGAUGACCUCAAGCUUCCGGUCCUGCAUUGUCCUCAGUCUCAUCGGAUCUAUCGCCACCAUUCUCACACUGCCACCUACUGAGCCGCCACUGAUCCAUGACCACCCCUUUGUAGCCAUAUGGAACGCCCCCACUGAGCAGUGUCGACGACUCCAAAUCCCACUGGACACUGGCGCCUUCCAGGCAGUGACCACACCCGCCCCAGUGCCCGGUCAGUUCCUCACCAUCUUCUACGAGGACCGCCUCGGUCUGUACCCUAAAGUUGAUGUCGACAAACGCAAGCAGUACAGAGGUGGAGUCCCCCAGAACGGCAAUCUGACGGAGCACCUGGCCAAGGCCCAGAUUCAAAUUGAUCACUCCAUCUCCCAGGAUUCCUCCCCUGGGCUGGCUGUCAUCGACUGGGAGUCCUGGCGCCCCCUGUGGGACCAGAACUGGGGAUCGAAGCGUAUCUAUAAGAAGCUGUCCAUCUCUCACGCCCUGCAGAUGGCCCCAUUUUUGUCAUCAAAUAAAAUUUCCAAACUGGCAAAAAUGCAGUUCCAGCGCGCUGGGCGGCGCUUCAUGGAGAAAACCAUCAGCCUUGGCAUUGGCGAGCGUCCAAGCCGCCGCUGGGGCUUCUACCUGUUCCCUGACUGCCACAACUAUGCCUGGAGUAAGCCCGACUACACAGGGAAGUGCUCUGCGAAGAUCCAGAAGCAGAAUGACCAGAUGCUGUGGCUGUGGGAGCGCAGCACCGCCCUCUUCCCCUCAAUCUAUCUUCACCAGAACCUGAGGAACUCCCCCAAGGCCACGCUCUAUGUCCGCAACCGUGUCCAGGAGGCGCUGAGGGUGGCCAUGCUGCCGAAACGUCCUUACACCAUGCCAAUCUACGUCUACUCCAGGCCACUGUACCGGGACCAGACCCAAAAGUUCCAGAGCCAGACGGACCUGGUGAGCACUGUGGGAGAGUCUGCAGCUCUGGGAGCUUCAGGGGUCGUAAUGUGGGGAGGAAGCAAAGACUACAACAACAAGGCUGCCUGCCAGUCUCUGUCCGAGUACCUGACGUCCACCUUCAACCCGUACAUCGCCAACGUGACCGCGGCCGCCAUGCUCUGCAGUGAGGUCUUGUGCCAGGCGAAGGGCCGUUGCAUCAGGAAGAACUACGACUCCAGCCACUACCUGCACCUGAACCCUGCCUACUUCAGCAUCCUGCGGGCUAACAGGAAGUACGUGGCGAUCGGCCUUCCCUCUGCUGCUGACCUGAAGGCCUGGGCUGACAACUUCACGUGUCAGUGCUACGCAGGGUGGCGCUGUGCACCCCAACUGUCCCUGCCGACUAAAAUCAAACUCAUCUGGGUUUAAUCUGUAAUCUGAAUAGAUUGCAUUGCUGAAGCAUUAUGUAGUCGGUAAAACUACUGUCUUUAAUUUGCUGAAAAUGUAAUUUGAAUCUCUGUUUAUUUAAAAAAAAAAAAAAAAACAGAAAAAUUUGAUUCUACAAAAAUUCUGUUCUACAUUUUGAAAGUUUCUUUCACACAUCGCAAACAAUACUGAUUAAUUUGAAAUGAAAACCAAAAGUUACCUUAAUAAACGCUUUUAGAAAACAAUAUAGCUUUUUUGUUUGUUUUAAUGGCAAACUGAUGCAAAAGUCAAGACAAGAUUCAAUCCAGGGGCAUAAAUAUGCAGGCAGUGUGAUUGCACUGGGGCCACUGGGGUGGAGGGGCCCAUAGAAAGAGCGGGCCCUUACAAGUGAUUCAGAUUGCCACCUUGGAAAUAAACCGGUGUUCAAAGUUAAAUGAUAAAAAAAUACAUGUUAUUAACACAUUUGCUAUAUGUCUUCAAACAGCCAACCCAUCUGUGUCAUGGUUUUCUUUUCCUUUUUAUUUUCUUAAUAAUCAGUAGCUAUCUAAAACAAAGUUGUAUGCAUUUCUAUAUCCUCCUGAAACCUCAGCAUUUGUUUAUUUGUUUUUAAUUUUUCUGAGCUAUUUGGGACCAGUUGGACCUGAUGAGUAUAAAAUUUAAGUGUUGUCCUCUAAUAGGAAGUAGUGUUUGAAAAAAAUAACAUGUCCUCAUAUAAUAUUCACAAGUGUGCCAGAAAGUGUAAAAAUGUUUAUGUUAUUAGACGAUGAGUCCCAACACCCUCAAACAAGACGAUGAUAAACUCCCAAUGUCCUGUAACAAGUACUUCCUAAUAAACAGUGUCUUAGCUUGUUGCUGUUGCUAAAAUUGUCAAAUUCAUUGCCAUAUCAAAGAAACAUUAUUAGUCAUUAAUUAAAAAGUUUGAACCAUAAAAUGUGAUCAGGUUUUGGACCUUGUCCACUUUUGUCUCAGGAUCAGCUGCAGACUGACUUGGCAGAGAUGGCUGCCAUCUUCUUUUUACAGCGAUUAGUGUAGUGUUGUCUUACUACCACUAGAUGGCACAAAAAGUGUCCAAAAUCGAGGACAACAGGUCUGAGUUAAACAUAAUGAAGUUUAAGAUGCAGCAAAAACAAAACGUGAUGUCUUCAUAUGAGGACGCAGGGCCUCAGGAGGAUAUAAGUUAUAAAAUCUAUAAAUAGACUAUAUAAACUAUUUAGUUAAAUAAGUAAUUUCUUACUUUCUUUGAUACUUUUGUCAGAUAUGCAGUGAUGAUUGCUGGGUAAUAUGUAUGGUGAUGUUGUCCUGCGUCAAGUCUCUGUUUGUGUCAAGACAGUACAUGCUCUGUGGCGUGCACUGGGGCCCAUUGUAACUUCCUAACGCCGCUGCUUCAAUCACUCAGUAGAGUUCUUUGGAUUUAGACAAUUUUGAAACGUGUCUUUUUGAUGCUGAAAAAUCUUUAAAAGUUGUAUCAGAAAGGAAAUAUUACUGCACAAUUUAAAAGUUAUAAAAAUGAUAAAAGUCUGAAAUCAUUCUAUGGUUAAAACAGCAUGAACUACAUAUUUAAAGUAAGGACUUUGUUACAUGUAAACACCUACAAGUUAGAUACACUGGCAAGACUGAGUCAGAACACCCACAAGUUCAAGACCAACCUAAAUUAAAACUCCCACUGAACUAAGACCAGUGGUGUGGUGGAGGGUAUACGCAGGUAUACGGGGUAUACCCAGUUCUUUUUCUUUACAGUGUUUGAGGGCGAGCCUUGAUAAAAGGGUUGCUGGUUGAGGCGGCAGAUUAUGGACUAUGAUUCCGGUUAGAGAAUCAAGGCACUUGGAGAGAGAGAUCUGAUUUAUCUUCUUUUAAUGAGGUUGUUGGACUUUAACAUUGGUGUACAACGUAUGUGUGUGUGUGGUCUGAAAAUAAAGAAAGGCAAUAAACUGUA